AUGAUGUUCGGGAUGACUGGAGCCGGCAAGAGUGCGCUCGGGAACCUCAUUGCUGGAUCGCAAAUCUUUGAUUCAGGUGAUGACACCUCAAGUAUCACCAACCUGGAUUCUAUCAUGAAGUACGAAGCCGAGGACGGUUCCUUGGUCGUCCUUGACACCAUCGGCUUGGGAGAUACGGAAAUCGACCAAGAAAAGGUGGUGGCCAGCAUCAGGGAUGUGGCGCUCUCUGCAUUGCACGGAGUGGACUGUCUGCUGUACGUGAUGCGCAAUGCCCGCAUCACGGAUGAUGCGAUUGCGAGGCUCAUCUACGUUACAGAAUAUCUUUGGGGGGAUGACAGCCUCCUGAACCUGUACAUUGUCGUCACCUGUGCCAGCAAGUAUGCUCGAAGUCGCGAGGAUGCAGAUGAGUGGAUCCAGCGGCAAGUGGAGAUUAACUGGCGCUUCAAGCACAUCUACUCCAUCGUUGGGAACAAUCCGAGCAGGUUCAUCUUCGUGGACAACCCGGACCCAGAGUCCCAGGAGCCCAACCUGGAAGACAGACGGGCGCACAGCCGGGAGACUCUGUACAAGCUGUUUUGUACCCACCCUCGGGAUGCCGUGCCACCCUUCACGCAGGAGAUGAUGAAGAAGGUUCAGGAGAUGACCAAGAAAGAGCUGGAGGAGCUCAAGCAGAAGGAGGAAGAAGUCCAGAGAUUGGAGACUGCCGUCAAGGCCAAGGCCAAAGGCAGUGCCAAGAAAACCUCGGUGACGGGCGUAGUUCCAGCUGCGGCUGCAGCGGAGAAGAAACCAGGGCAAGAGCUCUCGGCUUCCGCCAACCUGCUGCAAGCGAAGGAGGAUAUGAAGAAGGCCAAGCUGGCCAUGCAGCUUCGCCUGAACCAGGUCAAGGCCAACAAGGACUUCCAGGAUGCUGCGCAGCAGCACGCGGAUAGGGCCACCAACAGGUUCUUGAACGACUACAAGUCAGCAGACAAUGCCAACACAGACAGGGGCAAAGCUGCCACCAGGAUGUUGACGUCGCUCAGCAAGAAGCUCUCGCUCAACACAGCCUCGGCGGCGAAAGCAGCCAACACAGCAAACGCCAAGUCUGCUCCUGCUGUCCCUCUCGAGCAGCAGCUGCAGACCAUCUUGAAGAAGGUCAAGAAAUCGAACAAGGAGACUCCUGCGGCCUUGUUUCGCAACCUGGGUGGCUGGAAUGGGCCUGGCGCCAUCUCCCCACUUGUUUUUACAAACUUUCUGCUGACACAUGUUCCCGAUGUCACGCAGACGCAGAUCGGAGCUCUGUGGUGGAGAGCCGAUACCAACGGUGACGGGCAGGUGGAUUUGCAGGAAUUCAAAGACUUCUUCUCCAAGUUUGUAGAGGCGGCGUGA